GAGAAGGGAGGUUACGUUCAGUGCGCGUUCGACCGUUCUUCUCUCUACGACUUGUGUCAUCGGUGAAUGCGUGUUAAAAACGCUCGAAAAGGAUAGGCGGGAACGAAGCGAGCUUCGAGUUACCUUUUUUUUUUUUUUUCGAAACAUGAUUUUAAACAAUGAAUUUAAUUGAUCAAUCAUUGUCGCGAUAUGAUUGAAAGAAAGUAAUCCGUGGUGAUAAUUGGAAGCAGUUGUCCAAGAAUCAUGAAACGAACGAUGUCUCUUUUAUUUUCACCCCUUUUGCUAUUUUUCUUCCUCGUUACAGCAGUUCUCGUAGUCGUCAACGCCAAAACCGAAUUACAUUCUAACGUGGAUAAUACCUCGAUUAUAAUUACGCAUAAAACUGGUGAGAUUAAUUCGACGAACGAUUCGUUGAAACACGUGAACGUUUUUGAGGAAGAGGAAGAAGAGGAGGAGGAGGAGGAGGAGGAGGAAGAGGAGGAGGGGGAAGAGGAAAAUGACGAAGAUGAGGAAGAUGAUAACAGAGAUGAAGAAGGAAACGUACAGAGAAAUGAAAAAUAUGUUUCGAAAGAGAACGAGCAGGUGGAGGAGGAGGAGGAGGAAGAUGGUAAAGAAGAAUACGAGGGUGAGGAAAGAAACGAAUACGAGGAUGAAUUAAAGGCUUUGGCAGAGUCCCACGAGGCAAUGUCGAAAGAUGAAACGAAAGAUGAAACUAGAGAUGAUAUUGUUCAAUCUAAAACGAAUAAUUCGUCUGCUGGGAAAAAUUUUGAAUCACAUGAAAAUGUUCUUGAAAAUAAAUCUGACGAAGAUGUUGCUUUCAACGAAGCUAUCACUGAUGAAUUACCAAAGAAACACGAAGAUAAAGAGGUAGCAGAUUUAAUAAAAUAUAAAAAAGAGAAGAGCUUGAGGCAACUAGAGGAAGAAAAAGAUAUUAAAGAAAAAAGGAAAAAGCGUGUACCCACCGUGAAAAAAGAAUUGAGUACACAAAAAGAAAUCAUUCUACCUGGUAACGAGACUCAAGUUCCAAAAAGUCUUGUACCAUCCGAAGAAACUUUUAAUGAUUUGAACGAGGAAACUGAUCCUGUAAAAAGAGAAGAUCCUGGAAGAAAUGAGCGAGCAAAGGAUAAAAGAACGUCACCCAUCAAGGACCUCGAUAAAAAUGACAUACGUGUCAAUAUGUCCGACGAUAUUGAAGAAUUGUUUAAUAAAUGGUUUGAAAAUUUAAUGAAAAAAAUCAAAAAAUAUAAAUUAUUACGAACCGUUACAAAAGAUAAAGAAAAAUUGCACGAAACAAAGGAUCAGGAAGAGAAAAUAGGUAAAUUUUUGUUAAAACUUGAUGCAGAUUUACCCGAACUUUUGGAACAAUAUGAAAAAAAACAAAAUCUCAUAUUGAACGACGUUCCAUAUAUGCAUUACCUAAGGAAUAUUUAUAAUAUCGAAAAAAGAAAUGACGAUGGAUUAUUAACUACAUUUGCUACGAUUGACGAGGUAUCACAGGAUGAUUCGCAAAAGGAACGUAAGAAAACUAAGAAAAAGAAAAAGAAGAAGAAGAAGAAGAAGAAGAUGAAGAAGAAGAAAAAGUUACAAGAUCAUGAAUCUACUACAACAACCAUAACUACAACAACUACGGAUAUAGUAACACCACCACCAUCGUCAAUGAUAACAUCUCAUCCAACAAUGACAUCAAUUAAAUGGCAAUUAUUAUCGGACAAAUUAUCUGGACCAACCUGGCAAGAUAAAAUUCGGCCUGAAUCAAACGACGACAUAGCAAAGAUUCGUUAUUCAGCCAAUUCAAAACCAAGAACGAUUAAUGAACGACGAUUUAUCGAUGAACCGAGUAAUUUAAAGGAAUUCAAUAUGGAUAGACGAAAAUCUUUGUUAUCUUUGCAAAAGGGACAUAAAUUAUCGGUCCAACCGAAUUAUUAUCCGUUAGAUAAAAACAAUCUUAAUCGUAAUGGAUUCGACCCGCAAGUGGAUCAUUUAAGAGAUUACGAAAAACCCGAACGAGUUCUUCAAUCUUUUAGAUUCGGUCCGAUGAUAUUACCAUCCCGUGAUUUUAUUCAGGAUAAAGGUCAGGAGGAUUAUCAGGACGAUGAUAAUGGACGAUUGGAGGAAGAGUUUGCCCACGUUAGAGAUAACAAAUCGCCUAAUCAAAAAUUUCCAAUUAGUAGAAGUUGGCCAGAUGUAUCUUCGAAGUAUAAUAAUCUUCCUUGGAAAGUGAACGGAUGGGAUGGACGAGAUGAACAUACUAUGCCAUCUCGUUUACCUAACGAAUGGCCUUGGAGACAAUCCCAAUACGAUAAUAAUUAUUGGUCAACUCGUGGUAGGACUUGGCCAACGAUUAGAAAUAACAUUUGGAGUCCGUUGGACAAUGACAAUGACGAGGAAGAUCCCGAAUCGGAUUUUGGUUCGGAUAAUCGAAUCGAUCGUAAUUGGCGUGACUGGAGAGAAUCGCAGGGACGAAGACAAAGACAACAGGAGAGGGAACGUGACGAAUAUGACGAUGGACGUUUCUCGUAUCCCUUGGAAUUAGAUGGGCCUAAUGUUUGGUCAGGUUCGCAAGUUAAUUCUCCUUUUCAAGUUAAACCCCCUUGGUCACAAACGGAAAGUAGUCAACUAUUAAAAACUGGCGAUAAUGUCGAACGAAAGACUAUAACAACACCAUGGGAUGAUACUAAAAUCAGACCUUAUCCCGAAACACCUAAAUCAACUACUAAAAUGGCCAGACAAUAUGGUAAAAGUCAAGUUUCUUUACCGAAGAUCAGUAUGACUACUUGGAACAGUUUGACAUCAGAUCCGGCAACUUGGCCUUACAAAUCUUCGGAUACAAAACCAUGGCCGAAAGACGAGAACGGUAAAUCGUACAAUCCUAACGCGGAUUUGGUUAAAAAGUUAGGUUUAGAUAAGAAUGACGAAAAGACUUAUGAAGAAAUGCCUAACGAUCAAUGGAACGUCUUGCAAACCGAUCGAGAAAGAAAUUCGUCGAAGCAAGAAAAUGAAUCGAUGAAAAAUUACAAAUUAACAAAGGAUAUAUUAGAUUAUGGUAAUUACAAUGUUAAAUCAAAGAAUACGAUGGAUUGGACAAAAUCUAAUACCGACGACAAUCGUCGAUUCGAAUCUUUAAUUGAUGAUGUUUACAGUUGGUAUCGCGGGAACAAAGAAAAACCAGUAUGGUCUAGAAAAUAUGCUUUCAAUUCUAAUUUACCAAAAAUACAAUCGAUCGAUUCUUGGGUCAUGCCUGUUGAUAAAUCAACAUCGAUGUCCAAUCGAUUCGAGCAACAUGAAAAUGCACCCACAAUCAACGAGAAUCCUAUCAAAACUACGAUGCAACGUUGGUUUGAUAAAAAUGAUAAUAACAAUAUGGUUUCAAAUUAUGGAAAACAUAUCAACGAAGUUGAGUCUUGGUCUCAAAGACCUAAAAACAUAAAUCCUUGGAACAAUGAACGCGAUAAUUUAUUAAUGCAAGAUGAAUUUAAUCCUUCUGAUCGUUGGUCUCCGACCUUGAAUAAAGUUAAUUAUUGGCCGUCCAAAUUGGCAAACGAUUAUUCGAACAAAGAGAAUUAUGUUUUACGAGAUCGUAAAAGUAAUUUUGACAAGGGUCAACCUGAAAACGUCGAUUUAGGAAUAAACAAUCAUAAAAUAAUUUCUAACGAAUCUAUUUCGAAAGUUAAUGAAACGAACAUCAAAGCUGAUCAUUCGAAGAAGACCUUACCGAUAUAUAAAUUGAACAAUUGGAAUAACACUUAUGAAAGAUCCAAUUCGUGGCCUUCGAAAUGGAAACAAUUUAGUUAUCAUAGGGUAACCACUCUACCGAUUAUGAAAUCAGGCAUGGCAUCUAACUUUUCGACAAAUUUAUCGAAAAAUGCUUUUGUUGCUGUCUCGGCUGUUGCAUCGGGAAAACAUAUGAUAUCGAAGAACGAUGAUAACCUUAACGAAACUCAUAACAAUCGGAACGAUAUUUUGGAAAAACAAUUGGAAGAUCUAAGGCAACAGAAUUUGUUGAAUUUCAAAUCAAAUGCUAUCGAGGAACCUAUUCGAUCACCAAAUCCUGUGGAAAAAUCAAUUAUCGGAUCGACGAUCGAACCAACGAUCAAAAUUAUCAACAAUUCAACGUCCAUGAUAGUACACCGUCCGGAUGAAGGAAUAGAAGAGGAAGAGCUUCCGAAAUAUGCGAAUAAAUAAUACAAAAUGCAUUAUAAAUAAUCUAACAAUAUAGAAACCCCGAAGAAAAAAACAAAUUAUCUUUCAGUUCGUCAAAAUUGUAAUCCGUAUAGACGAAGAAGCUCUUAAUUAGAUUCUCAAAUAGAUUUCAAUGAGAUUACUACUUAAAAUGAAGAAAAAAAGAAAAAAGAAAAAAACAAAAUCUC